UUUACUAUUACUUUCAUCAAUCUCUACUAAUAUGGAUUACUUUGACUCUACAAAACAGAAAUCGGAGUUGAAAAUUCCUAAAAUUUCCUCUCCGACUAAAGAGGUUGUGCGUCCUAAAUCACCGAUAAUUUCUUCCCCUCCGAAACAGGUUGACUCGGGAACUCAACCAGAGUCAUACAGACACAAUGAAGGAUCUAAAUAUUGGCUAAGCCCAGGGCAUCCCGAUUGGUUGGAUCCGCCGGCCCAAUACAGACGCUAUGAUGAUGGGACUCAUGGUUGUAGUUCUACUGAAAUGGACCCGAACUGGCCUAUACGGAAAAAAUAUGGAUCUGUUGUUCGGUUGUUCUUGAUACAGAAUCCGGAUAUGCAGAGUUAGAGGAAGGAGAAGAAGUCACUUCUACAGGACCAACGAAGUAUUCCGAGUAUGAUCAUGUUUUUGCUAAUACCAAGGAUUAUGAAUCCCCCUAAUCGCAAAUAAAAUUAUAUGUUAUAUUAUUGUAAUAUCGUCAUGCUUUUUACGUAAUGUUUUUACCUUGUUUAUUUUGUUAUGGAUUCUAUCGUUCAUUAGCUACCUUCGAGUAUUAUCUGUCGACAUCUAUUAUCUACUUUAAUAAAAUGUUUCAUGUUUAACUACUUUAAUUAUACACAUAUACUGGG